CGUUGUCGUCGUCGUCGUUGCAGUUGCCGCCAAAAUAAUUAAACGAUUAACGCUGCCAAGAUGAGACUGCAACUGGCGCUAAUCCUGGCCGCCAUCCUCGGGCUAGCACACUCACAGGGCACCAAGUACGGCUUGUGGACACCAGACCGAGCCCAUUCCGACUCCCAGCCCAUACAGUGGACCGGGGGACAGUUCGAGUUCCCCUGUGCCAGCACCAAGUCACUCUUCAAGAGCUCUGGCAAGUUUAUACCCAAGAAUGUGAUCGCCACGCGAGCGCAACUAAUCGGAGACACCAUUUACCUGGCUCUCCCACGCUACCGGAAAGGUGUUCCAGCCACUUUGGUCAAGACCAAUGUAAAGCCGGGCACCUGUUCCACCACCUUCAAGCCAUAUCCUUGUUGGGAUCUGCAGGAGGAAGGCAACUGCAAGGCCCUGCAGUCGGUGGUUGAUUUAGUGGUGGAUCAAAACGAGGUGCUCUGGGUGCUGGAUACUGGCAUUGUCAAUACUUUGGAGACUCCCGUACGAAAGUGUCCCCCGAAAGUGGUGGCCAUGUCGGUGAAGACUGGCAAGGUGCUGAAGACUGUUUCCCUGGAGGGUCUGACCUCCAGCAGUUCUCGCUUGCAGUAUCUGGUGGUGGAUUAUGCUCCGGAUGGCGGUUGCUUUGUCUAUGUCAGCGAUGCCGCCAAUAGGGCCAUCAUUGUAUACAAUCUACAGGCGGAUCGGGGAUUCCGUGUGGUACUGCCCAAGGCUGUUACUGCCGGUUGUCGCUCAAGGGAUGUCCUCUACAUAGCCCUUAUCCGCCGUGACUGUGGCUCCACGGAGCUAUACUUCACCUACCUAAGCACCAAUAAGCUUUUCUCUUUGAAAUCGGAGUAUCUGCGAAGCGGUGUGGCCGAUGGAAGGAUAUUGGACCUUGGCAAAAAGCCCAGCCGCAUGGUUAUCAUUGGCACGGACAAUGGCUCGGCAAUAUUCUUCCGUAACGAAGGCGAUGCGGAGGUUUACAGAUGGGACACCAACUCCACUUUCGCGGAGGCUAACUUCAAGCCAGUGUAUCGCAGUCAAACCUGCCAGUUGGUGACACACGCGGUUCCGGAUUACAAACGGAAUACCAUGCGGGUGCUGCAGAGUAAUUUUCCGGAUUAUAUGCAGAACCGUGUGGGCUGCGGGGCCAUCCAGCAAUUGGGCCUGAUGCAGGGAUGCUGGUAACAGGGUUACUCCACACACCACACACAAUCUGCACCACAUACACGCUGCAUCACACACACUCUACACUCUAUAUCUACAACACACAUAGGGAAAUCGAUAACGAGAAAAAACUGAAAGUGCCACUGCAUCUAAAUUGGCAAUAACCUAGAAUGGGAAUGGAAACGACUGUUUCCUUUUGUUUUUUCACUUUUUUGUUUUUUUUUUUUUGGGCCCCCGAGUGCAGUUUGUGUUUGGUAUUGGUAUUUUGUACAUAAACUAACGACUCUGGUCGCUCUUGUUGUUAUCUAAGCUAAGCAAAUAAACGUUUCAUUGCCGAACAGUU